AUGUGUACCACUAUCACGGCAUCCAAGAAUAACCUCACUAAUCAAACAUCGGAGCGAAGCUCAUCGCCCAGUCUUGGUGAUGCUGUUGUCAACGUUCAACAUUUUACUCAGUUUAUUUACGAAGGUAAUCAAAUCUAUGUUUACAGCGCAAAGUUGAAUGAUGAAUACGAACAUCGACCAUUAAAAUGGAGCUUUUAUUAUGUACCUGUUCUUCAACCUCUUAAACCAUCGAAUACGACUGAAUGGGUAUGGUCGACCAAGAAAGAAGUUCGAAUGAAACUAAUGUUGGGCACUGAUCAAGUCGAAGAUGCAGCGCGCCGUGCUAUUAGCCGUCGAUUCGAUGCCGGCGUUACCUCGAACUAUUCUCGCUUUUGGGUUGUUGCUCCACUGAUGAUCGAUUUAAUGACCGCUUUCAUUGUCAAAAUGAGCGGAGAUCCGGUGGAAGGUGUUGCGCCGUUUCGACUCAUGCAUCCGAGUGCCCUUGCUAUUACAUUUCGCUACGAAUGUUCGAAUGAGAAUACGACACAUGAGAUUGUUGAGAAAUUGCUCGAUGGUGACUACGAAGUUGAAAUUAAUUUCUACUUUGCUGGUUUCAAGCACGUGUCAUCGAACAUUGCUUCGAUUACGGGUGAACAUUUGAAAUCUGUAUUCAGUAAGACGACAGCGGACGGAGGAAGUUCAAAUGCCAAAUACAUACAUCGUACACAGGCGAACAAGUUUAUUGGCAUUUAUUCCGCGAAUGUCAAGAAAUUGAUCUACAUGGAGAAGCCAGGUGUUGAUGUGUCAGUACUAACAAAUGGGCUCGAUGAACAGUUUCAAGCUCUAUUUCAACAAGGUAAAAUCUCCUUUUCGACGGUGUCACUAUGGCACGACGUUCUCGAUUUUUUUUUCUUCAAGAGAAAAGAUUUUUCGACUAUAUGAUCCAUUUCAAAUUAAGAUAUUCGUUUAAUGCGAGAAAAACAAUUCUGGAACGCAAGCAGUUAGCAUGAAACGGCCUUCUGCAUUCAAGAAGGUAAUAUGAGGAAAAUAUCUCUAUCAUAAUAAAAACGUUUCUGGUCCAAUCUUCAGCGUCUUCUCAUGGAUUUUCCGGAAACUUUUAGUUCUCGAGGAGAAUGCAGGAUCUUCUCAAUAUACGUGUUCGAUAACCGAGACAUUUCGAUUGGACUAGACUCUAGAUGAAUAUCUCCGCUAUCGAACACGCAUAUUGAAAAGAUCCUGUACACUCCACGAAAACUACAUGUUUCUGGAAAAGCCAUAGGAGAAGGCAGCACAUCCGACAAAACAACUUUUUGGUUUUGAUAUAGUUCUUCCCUCAUAUUGCUAUCUUAAAUAUAAAGAGCAGCUUAGUGAUAGCUGCUUGUGUUCCAGAUUUAUUCUUCGCACACAAAACGAAUCUCUUCAUUUGAAAUAGUGUCUUGCAUGGUCAAAAGAAUAGGUUAUCAAAAAUUUGUGUGUUGCGAAUGAAAUAGCUCUAUCUAGCAGAUUGAUUUGGAGAUGGUAGAUAACAAGACUGCUCUUACUAUAACAAUAUCUAAAGUAAAAAGCGUAUAUUUUGAACAGAUGUCAAAAUUCGAAAAUGAAAUCUUUUCUCCUUUUUUUGCAUACAUUUCUGAGAGCACUCAUAAUAUCGUGCAGCCCAAAACAGUUUUAUCCAUAACUACAAUAAUCUGCGUCUUUCUGUAGGAAUCGAUAGUGCCACGCAAAUACAACUCUCCGCAAAACACUACGAUCAAGUGUGGCAUUCGGCUGAUCUCAAUCCUGAUCGUCUAACGAAUGAAUUGAACAAACUGUUCACUCUUAAUGACACGGCAACUCGAGAGCAGAACAAUACAGAUAUCUUCUUUAAUGUUAAUUCUCAAAGAGCACAUUCGUCAUCGAGUACGUCCAGUUCAAGUAAAAGCAUUGGCUUCAAGGCCUUUAGUGCAUCAGGCUCUCAUUCUCAGACAGACAAUGAAGCAUCAAGUCGAAACGAUGACAAGACAACGCACGAUAUCCUAUCAGCCAGUGACAUUCAACAUCGUGUCGCACAGGAUGCAAUGGAAAUCGAAUGGACGGGAGAAAAAUUUGUGCCUAAAUCGUUUUGGGUUUUCAAAUUGACGGAUUUGACGGACAAACUUCAGGUGAAUCUAUCACUUUUUUACGUCUCAAAUCAUCACAAAAUCCUUUUUCUAAAUUAGGUGGCCAUUAUAAGUAAGCACAUGUUUGCUGAGAAGCAAAAUGGUGCCAUUUCACGACGAGUGAGCGCCCUGAACAGUCCCGUCAUUGUGGGUGCCACACGUUCAUCGGCUAUAUUCGCUGGCGAGAUCCGCCUCUUUGCUGGUGCGUUGUCUCCUCCCUUCAACUGGCUAAUCUGCGAUGGCGCUCUGCUACCCCGCGUUCAGUAUUCUACAUUGUUCAAUGUCAUCGGCACACUCUACGGAAAGGGAGAUGAAGGAGAGACGCAUUUCCGUUUGCCUGAUUUUCGCGACCGUUUCCCACUAGGUCUCAAUCCAAUCACAAGUCAGGAAGACCGUUGGAAAAAAGGAGGAAAUAAAGAACAGACACUAACAAUUGAUCAAAUGCCUACUCAUCACCAUAGUGCUGGUACAUUAUACACUACCAAUGCAGGCUCACAUAAACAUACGGUCAAUGACCCAGGCCAUAAUCAUGGAGGUUCCACGGAACAACACGGGUACAUCACGACUGCCGGCGGUCAUGCCUUCAGCCACAGCGCCGGCAGUGGCCGUGUCGGCAUGUGGCAUUCAGCCCAUCAGCACGGUAUUCCGCGGGGACUAACUGGAAUAACCCUCAACUAUGAUGGCACUCAUUCUCAUUCAAUGCAAGGGUCAACAGAUUCAGUUGGUCAUGUGAAUUCAUUCAGCAUUAUGCCACCUUACCAGACAAUUGCUUAUAUCAUUUUCACUGGAGCGAAUUGCGCUUGAGGCGUCGCUGUGCCUGUAAGCCUCUUUUGCACCGACACCCUCACCCCACCGCUUGAUGAAAGAUAUCCAUCAAUACAUAUAUAUGCGAAUAAACUUUCAUAUAGAAGUGAACGGUAAACACAUCGACUAUCUUUGUGUGAGUAGGAGCUAGCACAAUCAUGCUUUCGAUGUUCUCAAUCCUGAAAGGAUGAGUCUUCACAGCAUUAAAUGUUUGUCCGGGUGUUCGUGCCUUGAUUGGUGGGGCCGGGAACCAGUAGAAAUCGAGUUUUUAGGAAAAUGGUUCUGUAGGGUUAAUUCGAUGCGGAGAAUUCGAAUCUGACCUCUAUUUGGUUCAAAGCCCCAUGGAGGGGGGGUGGGGUUGAGUUUAGAAACAAAAACCAAAUUUUGCGGAAUUUCCAGUAGAUACCACGUUGCGUUUCGACUCGGCUAAGAGUCUCAUCAGAGUGUGAGGGUGGGUAUGAGCUAUCACGAUAGCGAUUUCGAUCCGGCUAAGGAUCUCAUCGGGUGGUUCUAACUUAAUAUAUACACAGAUGAUUCAAAGAUGAUCUACAUUAUUAUGACUAUAUAUCACUUUUAAGUAAGCUUUUAUCUAGAAAUUCUUGGCAUAGAAGGAAUAUGCUGAACUUCUUGGAAUCGAUGGAGUUUUGCUAUGUGUCUGACAUAAAUGACACGAUGAACAAUUGGUGUCGUUCCGUUAUAUAUUGAAUUGAAGUUAAAAAAACCAAAAGAGUGAAUGAAGUUUUAGAUUGUAAAUGUGUGAUUAUCUACGUAAGAAGAAUUCGAAUAAGUUGUAUCAUAUAAGAGUUCAGAUUCAGAGCGUCAUAUGAGAUUUGUACAAAUGUUUUUGUUAUUUGUAUGAACAUUGAAUGAUACGAUUGGCUGCUGGAGUAACCUUUUGAUACGCUGACUGUGGAUAAUUUCUUUUGUUCAGGAUUUUGGCUUUGAUUAGACUUAGAUUGGUAGAGCUUCUUUCGAUUGAGUUAUGAAAGAAGAAUCUAAGGACUUGAGGGUGUGUGGGUGUGGGUGGGGUGGGUGUGGGGUGUGGGGUGUGGGUGUGGGGGUGGGGGGGGGGGGGGGGGGGGGGCGGGGGCGGGGGCGGGGGGUGUG